ACGCCCCGCGGUGCUGCUGCUCCAGCUCCCCUGACUGUCGCCUGCGCCUCCGCCCCAGGCACGCGGCCCUUCGCGUCCCCGGGGUCGUGCCGGCGGCCCCCGCGCCCCCCAGGUUGACCCGACCGCCCUGCGCAGCUCCGGCUCGCCUCCCCAGAGCGCCGUCCGUUGCGCCCCGCUCGCUGCUCCCCGGCACUCUCGGGGGGUCCGCCCGCCCUGCACCCUGGAUUACCGGGCCGCGAGCCUCUGCCAGCUCCUCUGGAUCUUCGCGGCCGUGGGCAGCGGCUGCAGGGCCUGUCCGCCCGAGGGAGGACCCACACCGCUGCGUUUGCCCUGCAACUCUGGCUCUGCUGCCCACCCCUUGGGUAACACGGGCCUCCCGGGAUCAUGGCAGACGAAGACCUCAUUUUCCGCCUGGAAGGUGUUGACGGCGGCCAGACCCCCCGGGCUGGUCAUCACGGUGACUCGGAGGCCGACAGCGACGAUGAGGAAGGUUACUUCAUCUGCCCCAUCACCGAUGACCCCAGGUCUCACCAGAAUGGCAAUUUCAAGGUUAAUAACUACUCCAGCAACCUAACGAAGAGUGAACAGUACGGCUCCAGCGGGUCCCCCGCAAGCUCCUUCCAUUUUAAGGAAGCUUGGAAGCAUGCAAUCGAGAAGGCCAAACACAUGCCCGACCCCUGGGCCGAGUUCCACCUGGAGGAUAUUGCCACGGAAUGUGCCACGCGUCACAGGUACAAUGCUGUCACCGGCGAGUGGCUAGAAGAUGAGGUUCUGAUCAAGAUGGCGUCUCAGCCCUUCGGCCGUGGAGCGAUGCGGGAGUGCUUCAGAACGAAGAAGCUCUCCAACUUCCUGCACACUCAGCAGUGGAAGGGGGCCUCCAACUACGUGGCAAAGCGCUACAUCGAGUCUGUGGACAGGGACGUGUACUUUGAGGAUGUGCGUCUACAGAUGGAGGCCAAGCUCUGGGGAGAGGAGUAUAAUCGGCACAAGCCCCCCAAACAGGUGGACAUCAUGCAGAUGUGCGUGGUGGAGCUGAGGGACAGACCCGGCAAGCCUCUCUUCCACCUGGAGCACUAUAUCGAGGGCAAGUACAUCAAAUACAACUCCAACUCGGGCUUCGUCCGCGAUGACAACAUGCGCCUGACACCACAGGCCUUCAGCCACUUCACGUUUGAGCGUUCUGGGCAUCAGCUGAUUGUGGUAGACAUCCAGGGUGUGGGUGACCUCUACACGGACCCGCAGAUCCACACCGAGAAGGGCACUGACUUUGGAGAUGGCAACCUAGGUGUCCGGGGGAUGGCGCUCUUCUUCUACUCUCAUGCCUGCAACCGGAUUUGCAAGAGCAUGGGCCUCGCUCCCUUUGACCUUUCGCCAAGAGAGAGGGACACCGUGAACCAGAACACCAAGCUGCUGCAAUCGGCGAAGACCAUCUUGAGGGGGACAGAGGAAAAGUGUGGGAGCCCCCGAAUAAGGACCCUCUCUGGGAGUCGCCCCCCACUGCUCCUUCGCCUUUCAGAGAACUCUGGAGAUGAGAACAUGAGUGACGUGACUUUUGACUCUCUCCCUUCUUCCCCGUCUUCAGCCACACCACACAGCCAGAAACUGGACCACCUCCACUGGCCUGUGUUCAGUGACCUUGACAACAUGGCACCCCGAGACCAUCUGGACAACCACCGGGACUCUGAAAACAGUGGAGACAGUGGCUACCCCAGUGAGAAGAGGGGUGAACUGGAUGAUCCAGAGCCCCGCGAACAUGGCCACUCAAAUGGUAACCGGAGGUACGAGUCAGACGAAGACAGCCUGGGCAGCUCCGGACGGGUCUGUGUGGACAAGUGGAAUCUCCUUAACCCCUCCCGCCUCCACCUGCCGAGGCCUUCCGCUGUGGCCCUGGAAGUGCAGAGGCUUAAUGGUCUGGACCUUGAGAAGAAAAUCGGGAAGUCCAUUCUAGGGAAGGUGCAUCUGGCCAUGGCGCGCUACCACGAGGGCGGGCGCUUCUGCGAGAAGGACGAGGAGUGGGACCGCGAGUCAGCCGUCUUCCACCUGGAGCAUGCAGCCGAGCUGGGCGAGCUGGAGGCCAUUGUGGGUCUGGGGCUCAUGUGCUGCCAGCUGCCCCACCACAUCCUGGCUGAUGUCUCUCUGAAGGAUACAGAAGAGAAUAAAACCAAAGGAUUCGAAUACUUACUGAAGGCAGCCGAAGCUGGCGACAGACAGUCCAUGAUCCUGGUGGCUCGGGCUUUUGACACGGGCCAGAACCUCAGCCCAGACAGGUGCCAGGACUGGCCAGAGGCUCUGCACUGGUACAACACUGCCCUGGAGAUGACGGACUGUGACGAGGGCGGGGAGUACGACGGGAUGCAGGAUGAGCCUCGGUACACGCUACUGGCCAGGGAGGCGGAGAUGCUGUUCACUGGCGGCUGCGGGCUCGAGAAGGACCCACAGAGAUCAGGCGACUUGUACACGCAGGCAGCCGAGGCAGCGAUGGAAGCCAUGAAGGGCCGGCUGGCCAACCAGUACUACCAGAAGGCGGAGGAGGCCUGGGCGCAGAUGGAGGAGUAGCUUGCCCGGAAAAUCCCGGCCGGCCAGCCCCCAGCAGAAGCGCUGAGACAGAAGGAAAAAAAGACUUACUGCCUUGCUGAGGGGGUGUUUGGAGGGGAGGGGCAGGUAUUUUGAGUGUGUUGUAAAUCAACUUUUGUAUUUCGUUGUCUGACUCUUGAAAAUGUCUUUGCUAUUAGCGAAGACACUACAGCUGCCCCUUAGGGCAGCAUCUUGGGGAGCGGGGGUUGAAAAAGCCCCCCCCCCCUUUUUUUUUUAAUUUUUAUUUUUUCAUGAGCUAUAAGAAAGUGCUUUUCUGCCGUGGGUUAAAAAUAGGACUUUGGGCUUUGCUCGCUGGUGUUUUCAGGCUGAACUGAAAUGAAAUACCAGGCCCACAGAACUUGUCUCCUGAGCUGUGAUGGGGAAGGUAGAGCUGCACCGUAGCUUUCCAUGGGGUGUGGAUUUUCAUGACUUAGUGCGGAGCCCUACCUCUCAGAGCACUUGGGAGCACGCAUGCCAUCCUUCUGCGGAUGUGCGAUUGCUCAGUACCCAGGCCCCCUUCCGCUCUUGGCAAAGGCCUACACACACUGACCGUUCACUAAUCUCCUCAUUUAAUUUUCUUCCCAAAUGCAACUGAUUUUCUGGAAUACAGCCAAAUUCCAUUUUCAGCAUGCAUUUUACAGUGGGCUUUAUAAAGCAGGUUUGACUUUUUUUGAAUGCACACAUUUACUACCUCUAACUUCUCCAGCUAGUGUAGAAGUGGGUGCACCUCAGAUCUUGAACGUGUGAGGACAGCUGUUUGGAAUUGGAGCCUUUCCUCCAAGCAGACAUACAUAACUUCCCAUCUCAGUGGCAGCAUCCACAGUGUUUAACCCAAGUAUCUCUGUAUAGUGCUCCUCUGUGGUUCCUUAGCAUCUGACAUUCUGACAUUCCUAUGUAGGCUCUGUUCCCCAGCCCCUGUCCUUCCAUUUUCUGCUUGAAGCUGCACUGAUUUUCUUGCAGAUUGCAGCAGGAUGAUUUCAGCAGCAGCCCCUUGAGAUUUGUCUAAAAUGUUUGAGGAUGAGAGGGCAAGAACUAUAAACACUCAUUAGUUCCAGUAGUUUCCCCAGGGCCAAGCUGAGGCUCUGUAUUUAAUGAGCUUUCCCUUGAAAAGGAGUAAGAUUUAAUAUCAGUAUGAGUUCAGCGUGUGUGUCAAGGCAAAGCGAGCACACUGCUUUGAUCAAGCCCAAGUGCUGAAGCGGCCUCUCUUUCUGUGCUUAAGAAUGAAAACAAAACAAAACAAAAGCAGAACGUGACAUACAAACCCUUCUUAUCUGUCCAUUAAAACAGCUCUUUCAACACAUUACUGUUAAGUGCUGUGGAGUCGUGAACCUGUGCCAGCAUUUGAACCUUUGGUUCCAAAGUUCAGAGUGUGCACUAGAGGGGGAAAAAAAUCAAGCAGGCUCAGAAUUACCCUUGAAAAAAAUCCUUUAGAACAUCUGUAAAUUCCAGUUUCCCUCAUUUUUGUGUAUGGAUUCACCACACCCAGCUUUCUUUCCAAGUGGGGACUGAUCACCCCUUUUUCAUUUGCAGCCCAUCAAGGGGGUUGGCUUACGUUAGGUUUUUCAUUUGUGUGUUUUAAACCAGUGCAUACAGUUAGUUAAAUUGCGUACGGGAAAUGUAAGUGAGAAAUGGCUUGAUUGUGACCUAACUUCUUACCUUCUGUAAAGGGCCAGGUAGUAAAUAAUCGUAGGCUUUGUAGGUCCUGGGGGUCUCUGUGGCAACUACUCAACCCUGCUAUCGUAGGGAAGAAACACCCAGGGACAGUAUGUAAAUGAAUGAGUUUGGCUGAUGUUCCAGUAAAACUUUUCUUACCAAAACAGCCUGCCUAGGCAGUGGUUUGCCCACUCGGCUCUAAGCCUUGACUAGGGGGUUCCUGCAGUACACCCGGAAGUCAAAAGCAAUACCAGUUUUUCAGCUCCCAGUGCUCAAAAACACAGUGCCUUGGCAGAGGAAGCCCUUGGAGAUAAAUGUGUGAGCAAACGGAGAGCCAGCCCUGGUCACAGCACCUGAUCCGUGGCUCUGUGUCUUCCUCCCAGUUAAUGAUUUGUUAUCCGCAUUGGCUUCCAGUGUCAUUCCUCCAGUUCCAACCCACGCACCUCCACGCCCUUAACUCAGCCAGCUUCUCUUCCAGGAGACUGGGAAGGCCUGGAUAAAGAGCUUAGCAAAUGCUUAUUGAAGACCAGUGAGAGUCCAAUGAUCUGCAUGAUGCCCAGAUUGAUCUGAGCCGGUAGAAGAGCUUAUCCCACCUUCAAAACCUAGUUUUGUGCCUGCUAAAGCUGGUGAGGGCAUUCCCCUCCCACCCCCACAGAUUCUGGACAUGCAGAAACAAAAGACAACCCCAGGACAUUCCAGCCCAACUGAGAAGACAUCAGAGACUAUCUUUAAGGGCAAGAACAGGUUCAGGAUAUCAGCAAAGUCUGGGAUAUGUCCUGUAUCUGCCAUACAGAUGGAGAAACCAAGGUUUUGAAAGAUAAAUUCUCACAGUGACCCUGCUGGUUAGCAGCUAGCUACAGCUAGGAUUUGAAAGCUGCUGUUACUUAGAGGAUCCUGGGGGUAAAAUUUAAAAUUAGAUUAGAGUGUAAUGCCCCUUUCAGGUUUGCUGUAGGUUUUUUGUUUUGUUUUGUUUUUUUAAGCAGACUUUAUGGAUGUAAGGUGGGGGGGGGGGAAUCUCAAACCCCUGGACAUCUGAAAACCGCCCCCCUCUGCCUUCCCCUGAGGCACUGUGGGGAUUCAUCACCAAAUGCAAACUUGGGGAACCAAGCCAGGUAAAGUGCCCUCCUUGCUAUCUUAAUGACUUCCUUUCAUCCCAGCACAUUUGUCUGUGGUACUGGACUUGCUUUACAAAUGGACACAUGUUUACAAAGGCAUAUGCAGCUUGUGUGGGGGAAAGAAGACAAAAUAUGCAUUUUCUCUGCAUGGAUUUGUGCCUGUUACUCCUAUUUCUACUCUCAAGGUAACCAUUUAACCUAGUCAAGGUGGACCCUGGGUGGGGCCCAGGGGAGUGGCCUGUGUUACAGAUUUAUUUUUGCAUAUGUAUUCAGUUCCAUAUGGUCUUUUCAAAUAAAGUGGUUUCUUUGUUUUCCCUUUCAAA